GCUCCGGGAGGAAGCGGGGCGGCGGCGGCCGGCGGAGCGCGACACGCCUCUCGCCCUCCCCGUCCCGGCCCCCCGGGUCCCACCGCCCACCGCGGGCGCGGCGCAGCGCAGCGCAGAGCGGUCGCUGUGGCCCUGCCAUGAGCCGGAGGUAGCGGCGGCGGCGCCUUUCGCAGCCGCCGCCGCCCGCCCCGCUGCGGCGGCGGCUGGGCCCGCGAUGCCGAACCAGAAGGGCGGCAAGGGCAAGAAGAACAAGCGCGCCAACAGCAGCGGCGACGAGCAGGAGAACGGGGCGGCGUCGGGCACCGGAGCCGGGGCGGCCGCGGGCGGCGGCACUGCGGCUGGCGGCGGAGCUGGAGCGGCGGCGGCUGGUGGCGGCGGGGCGGGCGGCGGAGCGGGCGGCGCGGCGGCUGCGGGCGGCGCGGCACCCGGAGACAUCAAGAACGAAGCCCCUUGUGCUACUCCACUGAUCUGUAGCUUUGGAAGGCCGGUGGACCUGGAAAAGGAUGACUACCAGAAAGUUAUAUGCAACAAUGAGCAUUGCCCAUACAGCACUUGGAUGCACCUUCAGUGCUUCUAUGAAUGGGAAAGCAGCAUUCUUGUCCAGUUCAAUUGCAUUGGCAGAGCCAGGAGCUGGAACGAAAAGCAGUGUCGUCAGAAUAUGUGGACAAAGAAAGGCUAUGACCUGGCUUUUCGCUUUUGCUCCUGUCGGUGUGGGCAGGGUCACUUGAAGAAGGACACAGACUGGUACCAGGUGAAGCGAAUGCAGGAUGAUAAGAAGAAAAAAUCAGUGUUGGAGAAAAGUACAGGAAGGUCGAUGGCAGAGUCAUCAGAAGAGGCCAAAAAGGGCAGGCCAGCCAACAAGCCACAGAAAAGCUUAAGUAAUGACCUCCAGCGAAGACACUCGAUGGACAGGCAGAACUCCCAGGAGAAGGGUGUCAUGGGUGGCAGCUAUGCGGUUCGUUCGCCUUGUGUCUCUCCUGGCCAGUCCCCACCCACUGGCUACUCUAUUCUUGCCCCCACGCAUUUCAGCGGCCCUCGUUCCUCGCGGUACUUGGGAGAGUUUUUGAAGAACGCCAUUCACCUGGAGCCCCAGAAGAAGAACAUGGCUGGUGGAGGCGUGUUCAGGAAUGCGCACUUUGAUUACGGAGCAGCUGGCUUGCAGGCACAUAGAUCAGGACACUUUGAUGCCCCUGUGCAGUUUUUGAGGAGGCUCGACCUGUCUGAGCUGCUUACCCACAUCCCCAGGCAUAAAUUGAAUACUUUCCAUGUGCGGAUGGAAGACGAUGCCCAGGUGGGCCAAGGGGAGGACCUUCGGAAGUUCAUCCUUGCUGCUCUUAGUGCCAGCCACAGGAACGUUGUAAACUGUGCGCUAUGCCACAGGGCGCUGCCAGUGUUUGAACAGUUUCCGCUGGUGGAUGGGACCCUGUUCCUUAGCCCAUCGAGACACGAUGAGAUUGAAUAUGAUGUUCCCUGUCACCUUCAAGGAAGGCUUAUGCACCUCUAUGCUGUUUGUGUAGACUGCUUAGAAGGGGUUCACAAAAUUAUCUGCAUUAAGUGCAAGUCCCGAUGGGAUGGAAGCUGGCAUCAGCUGGGAACUAUGUAUACCUACGAUAUUCUGGCAGCAUCUCCCUGUUGUCAGGCUCGACUGAACUGUAAGCACUGUGGGAAGCCAGUAAUAGAUGUACGGAUUGGCAUGCAGUAUUUCUCCGAAUACAGCAACGUCCAGCAGUGUCCUCACUGUGGAAAUUUAGACUACCACUUCGUGAAGCCAUUUUCUUCAUUUAAAGUUUUGGAGGCUUAUUGACGAAAGCUUUGCUUUAGUAAUAGCUAUUUUAUGGGUAUUUCAACUUUAUUACAUAUCUUUUUAUAGGAUUCAUUCUGUGAUGAAAUUUAAUUUCUUUUCUAACUGAAAGAGCAGCUUCUUUGUCUGUGUACAUAUUAAUAUGUAUAUAUACACAUGUUGUUAAAACCAGAAUCGUCCUGACAAGAUCUCUGUGAAGGUUGGAGGCAAGCCAAUUUAAUGGCCUUUGAAUAUAUCCCCAGUGUGGGGUAAGAAGUCCAGCUAAAAAUGACUUCAUUUUAUUUUUUUGUAGAAUUCUAAUUCACUUUAUAGAAAGGGUGUGGGGAGUCACACAGCACAAAGAAAUACAGCCACUUAAAAAGUGGAUAGUUGUGUAGAGCUCUUCUCCCUUUAGCUUGGGGGAAAUGGGAAAUCCUUGGAAAGAAACCACCCUGUUGAAUUCAUUCAGCCCUUUGUAUCGGUUCCCAUGGGCACAGGAGCUGGCCCUGUGCUGCCAGUUGCCUCAGGAGGCUUGCUUUCAGAUUUCCCAAGAUGGGGUAAACUAAGAUGUUGUGACAAGUGAAUGUAAAUGUAUGCCAGAAAAUGCAGUCUUCAAUUUUUAUU